AAAGAUCAGGAUGUUGAUUAGGAUUUGUAGUACAGUACAGUGAGCAGUCCUGUCAGGAGGAGGGCGCGGGUUCGGGGAAGGAGACCCCCUGUUUACCUUACGGACAAGGGGACUCGGAGGUUAAAGGUCGCAGGGUGAGCGACCCCUCCUCCCCCCACCUCGGAGGUCAGGACUUGCCGGUGGCGGCACUGGGAGCGGAGCCGGCCGGCCGGCCCGGAAGGGAUGGAAUGAGAGGGGACCCAGGCAAGCUGUGCGCUCUGACUGCGGGUUCUCCGCUCCUCCGGCCCCUGGAAUGGUGCUGACAGCAGCCCGCAGUGCUACCCCGGCCAGCAGCAUGGAGACCGCGCCUGUCACGGCAGCAUCGGCACUAAGCACUAAGCCAAGUCUUGUCAAACCUGUGGAUGUAAAAGACAAUACUGAGAAGUAUUGCCCGGUCACGGUGAAUCCUCGGCACACUAGGAAAGCAUUCAAAGUUAUGAAUGAAUUACGAAGUCAGAAUCUGCUGUGUGAUGUGACGAUCGUGGCUGAAGAUGUGGAGAUUUUGGCUCAUAAGGUUGUGCUGGCAGCCUGCAGUCCUUACUUCCAUGCUAUGUUUACAGGGGAGAUGAGUGAGAGCAGAGCAAAGAGAGUCCGGAUAAAGGAAGUGGAUGGAUGGACUCUAAAACUGCUUGUUGAUUACGUUUACACUGCAGAAAUUAAAGUCACAGAGGAAAAUGUACAGGUCCUUCUGCCAGCAGCGGGCCUUCUGCAGCUCCAAGAUGUGAAGAAGACUUGCUGUGAAUUCCUGGAAUCCCAGCUUCACCCAUCCAACUGUUUAGGUAUCCGGGCAUUUGCUGAUAUGCACGCUUGCACAGAGCUACUAAAUCAAGCAAAUACAUUUGCAGAACAACAUUUUUCCGAUAUUGUGCCUGGUGAAGAAUUCCUUAACCUUGGAAUUGAGCAGGUUUGCAGCUUGAUUGCCAGUGAUAAACUCACUGUUAUGUCAGAAGAAAAGGUGUUUGAAGCGGUGAUUGCUUGGGUAAACCACGAUAAAGAUGUGCGUCAGGAGCACAUGUCCCACUUGAUGGAACAUGUCCGUCUUCCUUUACUGUCUCGGGACUAUCUGGUGCAGAGAGUUGAAGAGGAGACUCUAGUGAAGAACAGCAGUGCCUGCAAGGAUUACCUCAUUGAAGCCAUGAAAUACCACUUACUUCCAGGAGACCAGAGGACUCUGAUAAAAGGUGCACGCACACGGCAGAGAACACCCGUAAGCCUUCCAAAAUUAAUGGUGGUAGUUGGAGGUCAAGCCCCUAAGGCUAUACGAAGUGUGGAAUGUUACGAUUUCAAAGAGGAACAGUGGCACCAAGUGGCCGAAUUACCAUCCAGAAGGUGCAGAUCAGGCGUGGUAUACAUGAGUGGCCAAGUUUUUGCAGUUGGUGGAUUUAAUGGAUCACUUAGAGUGCGUACAGUAGAUUCGUAUGACCCAGUAAAAGAUCAGUGGACGAGUGUGGCCAACAUGCAAGACAGAAGAAGCACUUUAGGAGCAGCGGUUCUAAAUGGACUCCUGUAUGCAGUUGGGGGAUUUGAUGGUAGCACAGGUUUGGCAACUGUGGAAGCAUAUAAUAUUAAAGCAAACGAGUGGUUUCAUGUGGCACCAAUGAACACCAGGAGGAGCAGUGUUGGUGUAGGUGUUGUCGGAGGGAUGCUGUAUGCUGUUGGUGGUUAUGAUGGAGCAUCACGUCAGUGUCUUAGCACGGUUGAAUGUUACAACCCAAGUACAAAUGAAUGGAGUUACAUUGCAGAAAUGGGCACUCGAAGGAGCGGAGCAGGUGUUGGUGUCUUAAACGGUAUGCUGUAUGCAGUUGGUGGCCAUGAUGGACCUUUGGUGAGAAAGAGUGUUGAGGUUUAUGAUCCUUCAUCCAAUGUUUGGAAGCAAGUGGCAGAUAUGAACAUGUGCCGGAGAAAUGCAGGUGUUUGUGCUGUGGAUGGUAUGUUAUAUGUUGUUGGAGGUGAUGAUGGUUCAUGCAAUUUGGCAUCAGUGGAAUAUUAUAACUCAGCGACAGACAAGUGGAUACUUCUACCAUCUUGUAUGAGCACAGGAAGAAGUUAUGCAGGUGUUACGGUUAUUGACAAGCCUUUAUGAUUCUGGAGAAAAUUAUAUCUGAUUUAUGUCUUAAGAGAGCUCAAGCAUAGUAAGAAGUGCUGAUUCCUAGCCUUCCAUAUUGUGGCUGCAAGCUGAGACAGUGGGAGAUUAAAACUGCUGUUGCUCUCAAGCACAGCAGUCACUGAAGAUUACCAUAGGUAGAAGUAAUGUGCAGAGCCAUUCUGUAUUGAGCAGCAGCUGUCUGGACUUUAAUGCUACUCGUGAACUUUUUCUUUUUUUCCUCAAAUGUGACAAAACAAAUAAGCUGCUUUUCUAUAUUAUCCAGCUGUUACUCACUGGACUACAGAAUGUUUUUGUAAAGAAGGAGAAAACGUCAUGUGUAAAGUGGUUAAGUGAAGUUAUUCUGUUCCAGAGACUGUAAAGCAUUAAAUGAUAAUUUUAAAAUCUACAUUUGUAGAAUGAAAGGAAUCCUUUUUUAGGAACAAAAAAAUAAAUUAAUGCAUCUACUUGUGG